GUGGUAUUACACUCUUUGUGUAAUUUUUGCCUUUUAGCUCCUAUUUUUCUACCUCCACCCCUGUUGAUGUAAGUACAGAGACGGGUAUACCAGCAACAAUCAAAAACUAAUGAAAACUGUAAGUGAGUGGUUGGCAACUUCUAGCGACGACGAUGAUGACAUCGUGAACGCCCGCCGGAACGCGAGUCCUGUAAUAAAAUCUAAAGGGGCGCCGCUUCAACCAUCAUCUCAGGGUUAUCAGCCAUCUCCGACCUCUCACAACGCAUUGUCAAAUACAGCGCCUUCAAUUUCUGUAACCCAUUUACCGAAGAAUGGCAACAUCAGCACACAAGAAACAGUCGCCGUGUGUCAAGGCGAGGUUGCAUCGGAGCCGCCUCCAGGCUACCGCGCGGUGGAGAUCAUGGUUGUAGAUCGUGGUACGCAAACUGUAAGCACGGUCGGUACUCAAACGGACCCUUUCCCGGUGAAUGCGAAUAAUUGGGAUGCAGGAGAAUGUCCUACGAACCCAUGGGGGGUUCCUGCCCAGCAGGGGGUGCCCCUUGCCCACACUGGAGGCAUUCGAGGAACCGUACACACUACCAACGGUAUCCCAUUGAGAAAUAGCCGGCGGCCAUAUCAUCUAACUGUGUCGGAAGUUGAAGCAGAACAAAAUUAUAGAUUUGACGAGUUGAGGCAUCAACUUGAACUCAUUCAAAAUACUCUAGAUACGCUCAUUAGUCGAUACAACCUUCCACCACCACCUUUUUCUUCAUUGCUUUAGUCUACCUACUACUGUAUAUUGCGCACUAAAUGCGUUCACCGCAUCUUCGCACUUUGUGUCCAUUUGCUUAGAAUCAUAGAAGCCAGAAAUUAA